UUCAUUCCUCUGCAGUCAGUGGUUUGAGUCUGAGGGCCAGUGAAGCUGUCUGGUCCCUGUUUGGUUUAUUUUUUGUGUGUGAGAGUGGGCUGGUUCUGUGUCUUGGAGUCUUCCUACAGAGAGCGCAGGGGGAAGAAGUUCGCACCAGUUUUGCCUCCAAUCCAGUGGAGGUUUCAAUAGCAGCAGCGCGGCAGGGGAGGGACGCACUGCCAGCACUCAGGAUACCCACUCACACACACUCUCUCACACACACUCCUGCCCACUAGAGACCAGUUAAAUCCGCAAGAAAACUGCAAACACGCACCAGAGCAGUCGCCUAAUCCGAUUGAUAGGCACCAAGUGAAAACUGAGGGAACUACUGGACUCUGUAGAGGACAACUUGUGUUUUGAUUUUUCUUUUAAAUCGCUUUAAGUUGUAAGUUUUUUUUCUUGGUGAUAUCAGAGAGCAAGAAGCGACAUCCGUCUGAUAACUUCGCCGUUUCAUAUUCUAAAAGAAUGAGGCAGUGUAAAGGUUGGACUGUGGUGCUGCUGGUGAUGUUGGGGCUCGGAGUUUUGGCCCAGAAGCUGCCCACGAGAGACGAAGGCCUCUUUCAAAUGCAGAUCAGAGACAAGUCGCUGUUCCAUGACUCCUCUGUCAUCCCAGACGGAGCUGAGAUCAGUGGCUACCUGUUCAGGGACACACCCAAAAGGUACUACUUUGUGGUGGAAGAAGACAACACACCCCUGUCUGUGACCGUGACACCUUGCGACGCUCCUCUGGAGUGGAAACUGACUCUGCAGGAGCUGCCAGAAGAGGCCAGCGGAGAGGGAUCAGGAGAGCCUGAACCUCUGGACCAGCAGAAACAGCAGGUGACCGUAGACGAGGGGACGGAGCUCUUCACCUACAAGGGUAACGAUGUGGAGGCGUAUGUGGCCACCAGCACGCCAUCUGGACUCUACCAGCUGGAGCUGCUGUCCACCGAGAAAGACAGCAACUUCAAGGUGUAUGCCACCACGACUCCAGAGUCCGACCAGCCCUACCCGGAGCUGCCUUACGACCCUCGUGUGGAUGUGACCGCGCUGGGCCGCACCACUGUCACCUUGGCCUGGAAACCGACCCCAACUGGCUCUCUGAUGGGCCAGCCUGUGCAGUAUUGUGUCGUGAUCAACAAAGAGCACAAUUUCAAAAGCAUGUGUGCUGCUGAGGCUAAGAUGGUUGUCGACGAUGCCUUCAUGCUGGCUCCGAAACCUGGCAGAGACUUCAGCCCAUUUGACUUUGCCCACUUUGGCUUUGUGCCCUCUGACAACGCUUUUGGAAAGGACCGAGGCCUCACAAGUAACAAGAUCUCCCGGGCGUACGCAGUCAAGCCCAGAGCAUCAGACAUUCAGAAGGUGUGCAUUGGCAAUAAAAACAUUUUCACAGUGUCAGACCUGAAGCCGGACACACAGUACUACUUUGACGUGUUUGCUGUGAAUUCUGCAACCAACACCAGCACAGCGUACGUGGGAACAUUCGCCCGCACUAAAGAGGAAGCUCGCCAGAAGACGGUGGAGCUGAAGGACGGCAAAGUAUCGGAUGUUUUCAUCAAGAGAAAGGGCAGCAAGUUUCUACGCUUUGCUCCUGUGUCGUCCCAUCAGAGGGUCACUCUGUUUGUCCACACGUGUCUGGACGCCGUGCAGGUGCAAGUGCGGCGCGACGGAAAGCUGCUUCUGUCCCAGAACGUUGAGGGAGUACGGCAGUUCCAGUUGCGAGGAAAGCCAAAAGCCAAGUACCUGAUCCGUUUGCGAGGCAGCAGGAAAGGGGCCUCGACUUUGAAGGUGCUCGCUACCACACGACCCAGCAGCAAGCAGCCUUUCCCGUCACUUCCAGAGGAUACGCGUAUAAAAGCCUUCGACAAGCUGCGCACCUGCUCCUCCGCCACCGUGGCCUGGCUUGGCACGCAGGACCGCAACAAAUACUGCAUCUACCGCAAAGAGGUAGCUGACAAUUACGGCGAGGAGCAGCGACGCCGGGAACAAAACCAGUGCGCUGGGCCAGAGACCCGCAGGAAGUCAGAAAAGGUCCUGUGCAAGUAUUUCCACAGCCCAAACCUGCAGAAAGCUGUGACCACAGAGACCAUCACAGGUCUGGAGCCGGGCAAGACCUACCUGCUGGACGUUUACGUGGUGGGACACAGUGGUCACUCAGUGAAAUACCAGAGCAAACUGGUGAAAACAAGGAAAUACUGCUAAAUGACUCUGCAAAGAAUAAAUCUAUUAUAAAUAUAUAUAUUAAAUAAGUUUAUUUAACUCUAAGUGAUAUUCUACUAAGGAGUGUAUACAGACUGACUACUCACACAGCGGAUGGGCCUGUGGCAGUGACUGAACUGUUUGUAGAGAGAGAUAUCAACCUGUAUAUUUAUGUUUACAUUUCAUCGCGGCACCUCUGGGUGGCCCAAAGCGUGGGGGUGCCUCGUUACCGGGCCUGUCGUCUUGACAUGAUGUUGCCACUGGGGGAGGCAGAACUACAAAGAAGAUCAUCUUUCAUCUUGUAUGUUUCUUUGUCACUGCAUGACAUUUGCUUUUGUCCGUCAUAUUUGUGCGUUCCUUCAGUUUCAAAUCACCGGAGGAGAAACAGUGGCUGCCCGUGUUGUAUAGAUCUCUCACUGCAUAUUCACUACAUGUUUUAGGGAGGAAUUUAAAUUAUUUUAUACUUUUUCUGUCUCUCUUUUUGAUUGUUUUUAUUGAUGACAAUAAUAACUGUUACGAGGAAAUUCCAGUUUUAUGAGGAAGUUGUCGUAGUUGAGACAUUCCCUUAUGUAUCUCAGCCAGUGUUUGCUCUAGAGCCCAUCUUGUAAAUGUGUUCUGUGCUGGAGAUCUGUGUUAUUAUCACUGUAUCGCUGUGUGUGUGUGUCACAUGUACAGAGUUGUCCUGCCAAUAUUCAUGUACAUAAACACUAAAUAUAGAACGAGUAAUCCCUCUGUCA